AUGGCGGUCGGGUCGUCGGCGCCCGAGUUCUUCACGGACGCGCGCCGAGAGAGGCGCUACAUGGUCGACUUCAAUGAGAGCGAGGGCGAGUCGGCUUUCUUGGUUGUGAGAUCAACAAAGGGCGUCUGGUUCGACAACCCCCACGUGUUCCAUCGGAGCCUCGCAAAGGUGCCAAUCAGCUUUUGUUUCGCGGAGGGGGCCCAGGUUCAGACCGAGCUCGGGCCAACGGCUUCCGUCAAGGUCGGUGGCUACUUCGCUUCUAGUGCGGAGUAUGAGGAGUGGUAUCAGCGCCGCCGCGCGAGCCUGACGCUGCCGCCUUCGCUCGGAGCUGAGGCGUGCGGCGUCAUCAACGACGUCGUCGACACCACCUACUACCCGGGCCUGCCCACGCCGAUGGCGGCGGGGAAGAGCGGGCCCGCGUCGGCCCGCAGCGGCUCCGGACCGGGCUACGUGGACGGCGUCGAGGCUGCAGUCCGCCGGCUGGGCGAGAGCGUCAGCUACCAGGCUACGCCCGCCGACGGCAAGAAGUCGCCGUCGCCGGGAGUCCCCACCUCCGGCGGCAUUGCGCCCGUGGCGCCCAAGCCCCUUGGCGCGGUCGCGGGCGCGGGGCUGGCUGAGGCCGAGGCCGCCAAGGAGCGCGAGCACUGGGAGGGGCGGCUCAAGAAGGCGAAGGCCGCGCUCGAUCUCAUUGCCGAGCAACGGGAGAAGUGGGCGGACUUGCAGUCGCGGCGCUCGGGGAAGUGCCGGCGCAAGGCCAUGCGCUGCCGCAACAACCCCAAGUUUGGCAAGGCAAAGGGCAGGCGCAAGUCUGGCAAGGCAAAGGGCCGCGGCCGCCGCCCGAACUGGCGCCGCGAGCCGCAGACCACCCCGACGGCGGUGGCCUCGGCCUUCUCGUCUGCCGUCGCCUCGGCGUCCUCGGCCUUCUCAUCCGGCGUCGCCUCGGCUGCGUCCUCGGCCUUCUCGCCCGCCGUCGCCUCGAAGGCGUCCUCGCUCGUGAGCUGCUCGCCGCUUCUCAUGCCCGCCCUCGUGCUCAUCCUCCUCGCCAUCGCCUGCGGCGCCUCCUGGCCGACCGCGGCGAGCGGAAAGGGGGCGACGUGCUGUGCAGAAUACUUCAACAUGGCUGCUCGAAACCACUCUCUCUUCAGCAUUUUCCGGCAGCACUACAUGUCUUAUGGUUACGCUGGCAUCGAGGUGUGUGGGCCAUAUCCCUACAACAAUGAACGAGGUUCUCAGAAGCUGCUCAACUUGCUUCUUUUGCACGUGCCCAAUUUUCUCCGAUGGCUGCCCACCAUCGAGCGCAUGGAUCAGAUAGGCAGUGGAACCACAUUCUUGCUUAGCCAUGCAAGUGGCACAGCCCGUGUGUCUGGCACCCUCCUUCGCUACUUCAAGUUUGCAACGGAUCUGAAGGCACUAUUUGGUGAUCUAAAGGGUAAGCAUCUCAUCGAGAUCGGUGUCGGCUUUGGCGGGCAGGCAGCUGCGAUAGCUCAUGUUUUUCCAGAGCUGGGCUCGUACACUCUGCUCGAUCUGCCUGAACCGCUCCGCCUUGCUCAGACUUACCUUAAGCACGCAGGGCCAUCAACGCCCACAGACUUUUACUUCCUCAACGCAAACCCAUGCAACGAAUCCCUCACCGAUCAGCCAUGGAACUUUCAGCCGUCGAAGUAUGACCUUGUCUUCUCGACGCAUGCCUUUCAAGAACUUCCGAUGGCAGUGAAGCAGCUCUAUGGCGAUAAGGGAAAUGGUGAUGCAGUGCGACGCAACAUGUUGGUCUUCUCCGAUGUGAUGAACCUCUACCGGUUUACCCCUAAGUUCGAAAGAGAUCGCUUCGAAGCGAUAGUCGCUUGGGGGGUGAGCACCAGCGGUUACUAUCCAGGCACUGCUUUGGAUGCUGCGGUGCAGAAACUUACAGCAGCGUCAACGUACCACGAGAGGUACAAACAAGCGACCGCCGACUGAGGGUGCCGAAAAAUGCCUUCAGUGGCCACACCCUCCGCCUCAUCCUGGUGCCAAACCCUAGACCGGUGAAAGUCCGGCGCAAGCGCAGGUAAACGAGUGCGCGGCCCAGGCUACUAGAUCCAUGACGUGGAACGCCACGGUCCUGUGCUCAUUACCAGGAUGGCAUGUGCGCGCUCGGCGCGGGCUCGGAUGCGUGUACACGCGUCUGAGAACGCGUUGGCUCGCAAACGGGAUGCAACGGACGAUAAAUCGGUACUGUCCCAUGACUGUACCAUUGACGUGGAUGGGAGGGGCGGGGGGUUCGGCGCUGGAUCGGGAGCUUCGCUUCCGUGUUCGCGUCCAACCAAUGAAUCUUUGGGCGAUCGCCUUGAAGCGCGCCUGUGGCGGUAGCGCCCUCACUCGGGGAUCACGGG